AUGAGGUGGUUCUGGCUAAACCCUUGGUCUCUAUUCAGUGAUUCUGUGAGGCUGGUUGUCCAGAAAAUACAAUUUGCACCCUUGGAGCCAGGUCCUGGUCCCAGGGCUCAGAUCAUUCACCACUUCCUUCUGUCAGCUCAGCCCCUACAACUUCAGGCCUGGAUGGACAAGGAGGUUCACUACCACGGAGAACCCAUCACUGUUAAUAUUUCCAUCAACAACUGUACCAGCGAGGUCAUCAAAAAAAUUACUUGUUCAGUUGACCAGAUCACAGAUGUUGUCCUGUAUUCAUUAGACAAGUACAUUAAGACCGUGUUCCUUCAGGAGUUCACAGAGACUGUAGCUGCUAACUCCAGCUUCUCCCAAAGCUUUUCAGUAACUCCAAUCGUGGCUUCCAAUUGCUGGAAACAGGGCCUAGCACUGGAUGGCAAGCUCAAGCAUGAAGAUAGUAAUCUGGCCUCUAGCACAAUUCUUCCACCUGGAAUGAACAAAGAACUGCUGGGGAUCCUGGUAUCCUACAAAGUCAGAGUCAACUUGAAAAUGUCCUGUGAGGACAUCCUAGGAGAUGUGACAGCCAGGGAUGUUGGUGUGGAGCUGCCUCUGAUUCAGAUCCAUCCAAAGCCAUUUCAUGAAGUCACUAGUUCGGAAGACAUUGUCAUUGAGGAGUUCACACAGCAUGAACACCAUGGGGCCCAGAUGCAGAAGGCUUUGGCCACUGAGGGAGAGGAGGGGUGGUGAGUGCCCAGCUCACAGCCCACACUGUAACCCACUAAUAAAUUGUUUUGUCCAGA